CUUGCGGCGACGGCGGCGGUGGCGCCCGAGGGUUUGGAGCCUCGGCCCGCAGGUGGAAAGCGCACCCGGGAGGCGGGCCGGCCGGGGCUGGGGCGGCUCGGGCGGGCUCUUGACGCUCAGCCAGCCCCGCUCCGGCCUCGUGAAAGCGCGCGUCCCGCCCUGACCCGCUGGCCUCUCCCACCCCAGCAGUGACGCGCCGUCUCGGAGCUGGAGCCCGCGCAACGCCCCGCAGGGCUAUGGACGGCCGAACCCCGCACUCGCAGGACGCCCAGGCGGCGCCCACGCCGCUCGCCGCCCCAGCCGGAUACUUCAAGAUCCAGCAUGAAACCAGAGUGUUAAGGUGCCUGAACUCAGUCAGCUUCCAUUCACUAAUAUGAACUUGCUAAUCUGAAUUAAUCACUACUCAGAACUGUGAACAUUUACAAUGUAUUGAAAUCUUUCAUUUACUUAGAAAAGGAGAACAUCAAAGGCAAGCCUUUGUAUGCUGUGUUUUCAAGAAGGACAGGAUGAAAAUCACAUCAGUGGGUCCAUUUGCAAAAAUAAAGCUUUCACUCUACAUCAAAGAGCAGAGAAAACCAAAAGCCAAGGCACCCCUUCCUCCAGCUGAGACCAAAUACGUUGAUGUCUCUUCAGCUGCUGAUUCUGUAGAAUCCACCACUUUCAUCAUGGAACAGAAGGAAAACAUGAUAGAUAAAGACAUUGAACUCUCAGUGGUUCUACCUGGGGAUAUUAUCAAAUCUACUACUGUUCAUGGCAGUAAACCUAUGAUGGACUUGUUGAUAUUCCUUUGUGCGCAGUAUCACUUAAAUCCAUCAAGUUACACAAUUGAUCUGUUGUCAGCUGAACAGAAUCACAUUAAAUUUAAGCCAAACACACCAAUAGGAAUGUUGGAAGUAGAGAAGGUAAUUUUAAAGCCAAAAAUGUUGGAUAAGAGAAAACCUACACCUAUAAUACCGGAGAAAACUGUAAGAGUAGUGGUUAAUUUUAAGAAAACACAGAAGACCAUAGUGAGAGUGAGUCCACAUGCAUCACUUCAAGAGCUUGCCCCUAUUAUAUGUAGCAAAUGUGAAUUUGAUCCAUUGCAUACUCUAUUGUUGAAAGAUUAUCAAUCACAGGAGCCCCUCGACAUGACAAAAUCUCUUGAUGACCUAGGACUAAGAGAAUUAUAUGCAAUGGAUGUCAACAGAGCCACUUCUGUUACUGUCUUCAGUAAGUCAUCUUUACAAGAGUCCUGCCCAAUAUCACAAAACCUAGACAUUAUGAAGGAAAAAGAAAAUAAAGGGUUUUUCAGUUUUUUUCAACGCAGUAAGAAAAAGCGGGACCAAACUGCAAGUGCACCUGCAACCCCUCUAGUAAACAAGCACCGCCCAACUUUUACAAGGUCCAAUACCAUUUCCAAACCAUAUAUUUCCAACACCCUGCCGUCGGAUGCACCCAAGAAGAGGCGGGCUCCAUUGCCCCCAAUGCCAGCAUCUCAGAGUGUCCCCCAGGACCUUGCACACAUCCAGGAGAGGCCUGCUUCUUGCAUAGUGAAAUCCAUGAGCGUUGAUGAGACAGAUAAGAGUCCCUGUGAAGAAGGCAGAGUGAGGGCAGGAUCACUGCAGCUCAGCAGCACAUCUGCAGGGAAUUCAUCUUUGAGAAGGACAAAGCGAAAAGCACCUUCCCCACCCUCCAAAAUAUCCCUGCAUCAGAGUGAUGAAAAUAGUCAUGUAUCUGCCUUACAGCCAGAAGGUGGGGUUCCUUCAGACAGUGUUUCAGAAGCAAACUCUCCUGUGGAGCUAUCCAGCCCAGAUUCCACUUCUUUGGCAGAAACCUCCUUUGGCCCUGGGCUCUCCAGUCAGGAGCAGUGCACUGCGUCCAACCUGAUGGAGGAAACCUCUGUCUUUGAGUGCCCUGGAACACCUGAGGCAGCCAUAACAUCACUGACAUCUGGAAUAAGCUCUGAUUAUAGCCUUGAAGAGAUAGAUGAAAAGGAAGAACUGAGUGAAGUGCCUAAAGUAGAAGCUGAAAAUAUUUGUGUGAAGUCACAAGAUAUUCCUUUUGUAUCUACUGAUACAAUAAAUACACUGAAAAAUGACCCUGACUCAGCCCUUGGCAAUGAUGGUGGAGAGUUCUCACAAAACUCCAAGGAAGAAAAACAAGAAAGUAGAAGCACAAAUGGACAAGAACCACACAGUGUAGUAUAUGAUACAAGCAAUGAAAAGAAGGUAGUUGACAGCCUAAGAAACUUGAAGUCAUUGGGCCCAAACCAAGAGAAUGUAGUUCAAAAUGAAAUAAUUGUCUUUCCAAAGAACACAGAAGACAAUAUGAAAAAUGAAGUGAAGAAAACAGAAAUCAACGUAGGAGGUGUUGCCAAAAAUAACGACAUCGAUAUGGAAGUUGAGAGACCAUCAAACUCUCAGGCACAUGAAACUGAUACUUCUAUAAGUUACAAGGAAAACCAUCUAGCAGCUUCAUUAGUACCAGAUCAAAAACUGAAUCAACCCAGUGCAGAAAAGACAAAAAUGCAAGAUGUAGCAAUUCAAACAACCCCUUCUUGUAACAGUUUUGAUGGGAAACACCAAGAUCAUAAUUUGUCUGACUUCAAAGUUGAAGAAAGUGUGCAAACUUCAAAUAACGUAUCAACUCAACACUCAUUCUUAAGCUCACAAGAUUCUGUAGAUCACUCAAAGGAAUUCAGGAGCCAAGGCACCCUAACUAUACAUUCAGAAGAUCUGUUUACCACAAAAGAUCCAAUUUUUGCACAUAGUAAUGAUGAUCUUUUGCCUUCUAUUGAUAGGAUUGAUAAAAAUUCAACUGCUUCUUACCUAAAGAAUUAUCCACUUUAUAGACAGGACUACAAUCCCAAGCCAAAACCUUCAAAUGAAAUUACACGAGAGUAUAUACCCAAAAUUGGAAUGACUACUUAUAAAGUAGUGCCUCCCAAAUCCUUGGAAAUACUGAAAGACUGGCAAUCAGAGACCAUAGGGUAUAAAGAUGAUCAGGACAUACAUACUUUAGGGAAAAAGCACACUCAUGAGAAUGUGAAAGAAACUGCCAUCCAAACAGAAGAUUCUGCUAUUUCUGAAGGCCCGAAAGGGCCACUGCCAGACCUUAAACCAAAGCCAAACCUGAGAACAGAGCAUCAGGUACACGGUUCUGUGAGCUCACCUGUUAGUGCCAUGGUUAGUCCUCUGAAACCUUCUCCCAAAAUGACAAGAGACACUGGCACUGCUCCUUUCGCACCAAAUUUGGAAGACAUAAACAAUAUUUUGGAAUCAAAAUUUAAAUCUCGAGCUUCAAAUCCCCAGGCCAAACCCAGUUCCUUUUUCUUGCAGAUGCAGAAGAGAGUAUUGGGUCACUAUGUGACCUCUGCAGCUGCCAAGAGCGUCCAUGCUGCCCCUAAUCCUGCUCCAAGAGAACUGACAAAUAAAGAGGCAGAAAAGAAUACACUGCCUUCUCCAGAGCAAACUCUUUCUCCAUUAAGUAAAACGGCUCACUCUGUUCCACAGCCCCUUGUUGAAAAAACUGAUGAUGAUGUCAUCGGUCAGAAGCCUGAUGAAGCCUCUCCUCCUCCCAUAGCUCCGAAACCUGUGACAAUUCCUGCUAGUCAGGUAUCCGCACAAAAUCUGAAGACUCUGAAAACUUUUGGUGCCCCACGACCAUACUCAAGUUCUGGUCCUUCACCAUUUGCUCUCGCUGUAGUGAAAAGGUCACAGUCUUUCAGUAAAGAACGUACUGAGUCAUCUAGUGCUGGUGCAUCGGUUCAACCUCCAGCCAACACAGAGGAAGGGAAGACUCAUCCUGUAAAUAAAUUCGUGGACAUCCCACAACUUGGUGUGAUGGAUAAGGAAAAUAACUCUGCACAUAAUGAACAGAAUUCUCAAAUAACAACUCCAACUGAUCGCUCAUCAUUCACUCUUAUGAGACAAAGUUCUUUACCAUUGCAAAGCUCUGACCCAGAACAGAUGAGACAGAGUUUGCUGACUGCAAUCUGUUCAGGAGAGGCUGCUGCCAAAUUGAAAAGGUGUAGGCUCCAAACAGGCAUACGAGGAGCCUUUGGAAAGCCCCAGGACACUGUGGCCAGGGUUCACAUUGGCCAAGUUAUCAUGUCCAUCUGCACUAAGCUGCAGAACAAGGAGCAUGUGAUGGAGGCCCUGAGCAGGGCCAAGUUCAAGUUCCCUGGCAGCCAGAAGAUCCACAUCUCAAAGAAGAGGGGCUUCACCAAGUUCAAUGCUGACAAAUUUGAAGACAUGGUGGCUGAGAAGCGGCUCAUCCCAAAUGGCUGUGGGGUCAAGUACAUCCCCAAUUGUGGCCCUUUGCACAAGUGGUGGACCCUGCACUCAUGAAGGCUUCCACUCUACUGCCCCCUCCUAAUACUCAACAAUAAAUUCUACUUCCUAUCAAAAACAAAAAAAGUCAUUAUCUGUCAUUUGUUGGCUAUACGUGGAAAGAAAUCCCACAGGCAUACUAAACAGACUGCAGAUGAGUUUUCCAUUCUGCUGGUGGCAACUCUUCUUCUUCCCAUUUUCUUUCAGAUGUGUAAUGUCAACCACUCUACUCCAUCCUGGGUUCAUCAGAGUCUAGAAAAUACAUUAGUUUAGAUGACCAAUCUUUAUUUAAUAAAAGGCAAGAAAGGAAGCACAAGGAAACCAAAUCCAAAUUAUAUUUGCCAAUUUUAUUUUCCUUUUAACUAAUUGACUCUGUUGAUAGGAGAAUCUGUGGCCAUUUGUACUCUAGUUGUCUUCUUGUGAGAUGAUAGUGUUUGGUUAUGAAUCUAAAUUAGUCAAAUUAUAAUCUAAACUGUCUUAAAAUAUCUUCAUUAUAUUGCAAGUUUUAUAUUUCAAAAUAUAGAUAUUUACUAUUCAGAAUCCAAAUGACUUUACAUUUUUCUAAAGCUGGAAUUUCACACUAUGUAGAAAAUUCUUGUUUAAGUGUUUUUAUUCACUUAAAGUGUGUGACUAGAAGACUUUGCCAUAGAAUUUUGAAACUUAGGAGUUUACUUAACUGGGGGAAAAAACUCCUUUUUUAGUCUGCAGUCAUUUGACUUAAUAGUCACAGGUUUGAGUUUUUAAAUCCUUCAUAUGAAAACGUUUUUAAAACCAAGGGCUAGUUUUUUUGUUUUGAAUAAAUAGGGGGUCAUUGGGAGGGGGAUUUCACAUUCAUUUAUACCACCAGUACAAAACAUGUAAAAUUCAUUGUUUUGUGGAAUUCACUUUAUUUUUCUACAUUCUCGGGGCAGUUUUGGGGAACCAGAAUUACAGAAUUAAUCUGACUAAAAAUGCUCUUUAACAGCUUGGCUUCCAGUCUGUUUGUGCUCUUGUCCUUCAUGUUGAUUUGGUAAUUUUGUAAAGAUUAAGAUGUGUUAAUGGAUUAUUUAACUUAUUUGUUGUGAAAAUAACAACUCUCUUUUUAAUUUUAUGGUAAAAUGAACAUUUAUUCCUUAUGUAUAAUUUAUUGAAUAAUAAAUACUUAGCAUUUACAAUUAAGCAGAUGUUAAAAUGUGGAAACUGUUGAAAAUGGAAAAUUAGACAGCUGUCCCAUUUUAAAUUGAUGGGUGCAAAGUCUGUUUCUU